AUGUUGGGUCCGCCGCUGUGGGUCCUGACUACUAAGCAGCGGAUUGUUUCAGCGGCAACGCGGCUGCGGAUGUCGCAACAUGCGGCAGCUUCAGGCGGAAACGCACACUUUCACACUUUCCUCCAUCAACUUUAUCUGUGUCUCUUUGAGCUGUGUCAGAUCGCGGAGGUGACAGCUUCAUGUGGUCAGCACGUACUUUUCCGCAACUUGGUAAUUCAACCCUGGUCCUGCAGAGCUUUAAAUAUCUGCAGUGAGGACCUCCCCGCAGACACGUGUUGUAAGCUGUGCCUCCAGGGACUCUCUGCUCGGAAACUUCCACCUUCAUGCCUUUUUGUGAUUGUCUCUGGCUUGAGUGGAUCCUGCAGUGAAUGGAGAACUUACUGGUUCUACUCCCGAAGCACCGCCAGGAACACGGCAGAUGCUCCACUGCCCUAUAGUUUCUGCAAAGGCGUCCGUAUGGUACUUUGGUCGAAGGAUCAGGAUAAACUCCCUGGCAUGGACAUGUCUUCUGGGGCUAAUGACGUGAAGAAGGAGGCGGGUGCUUUGACUCCAGCCGUUUACCUCAACUCCAACUGCACCAUCCACCCGGUCAUCCUCACCAAGGACCGCGACGAGCUGGCUCCGGAGCCCGGCGACGAGUUCGAACUCAAGGAAGUCACAUCCGAGCUAGCCAAUGAGAACGAAGAGGACGCAGAGAGGUCAGACAUGGUGGCGGCGAUGGAGUGUCUGGCCAACGCCAAAGGGCAGCGCGAGGAGGACGCUCUGUUAGAGAACGCCAGCCAGAGCAACGAGAGCGACGACACCAGCCUGGACCAGAGCCCCGAGCCCUCGGCACCGCUCAAGGAGACCUCCUUCUCCAUCGGACUGCAGGUGGUCUUCCCCUUCCUGCUGGCCGGCUUCGGGACAGUGGCCGCCGGGAUGGUCCUGGACAUUGUUCAGACGUUUUGCAACACCUUGAAAAACGUGUCCAGUCGAGCCUUGGGGAGGAUCGUCGUGGACACUUUAGAUCUGUGCUGCAGGAGCGGGGACGGACCGCCUCAGGUUCUGCACGUGGCCGAGGCGCUGUGUGUGCGGCUCUCCACCUCUGAGCUCUUCACAGACAGAGAAGGAGACUCAGAGACGGAGAAGUGGCUCCCCCUAGUGGCCCGUCAGAGCAACAGCACCAGCUCUCUUCUCAUCUCAUGUUAA